AUGAUUACAGAAAUAACAUUACAUUAUCGACCUUGUGAGAAUGACUCCGCACAACCGUCAAAAAUUGCAGAAAAGGUAAUUCAAGUAAGAUUUAUUCCUUGGUUUCCAUAUGAUGGGUCCCGACUUCCAGUCAAACCUAAGAGGUCUCUACCUGCGCUUUCCAGAGAGGCCGUGAAAGAUGUGAAACUGUCCUUGACCGUUUUCGAACAAGAGGUGAUAUCCCAGAGUUAUGGCUGCGCAGUAGGUCUGUGGGAGUUUCAGCCUGGUCUGAAAAGGCAGCCGUUGAUGCAGUCGCACUCGUUGGAGGUGCAGGUUCCCCCUGCACAGCUGCAGAAGCAAUCAGAAAAAGGAAAAAAAAAACACAAGAGGAGACCCUGGGGUGUCUCCCCUCCCCACAGUCAUUGUACUGGAGAGAUUUUACCUUUGUUCAAAAACAUUGCAAGACACCUUGAAGACACUAACUUCACAUUCGCUUUCAGAUGGACAAUAGAACACACUAUUUUUCAUCACCAAACUCCGGAAGAUAUUUGGUCAAAACCCAAUCGAAUUAUCGGGCCCAAUGAACUUCCAUCCUGUAAUGCUACAAUUCAGAGAUAUUUAAGCCUAGUAUGGGUACUCUAUGAUAUUAUCUACUGUGAAUAUGUGGGAAAUCUUCUUAAAAAAAGGAUUAGAUCUUACUGGAAAAAUGAAUUUAUUUGUUCAUAA